AAGCGCUAACGCGCAGAAGGAAGUUCUCGCGGAGACACAAAGCUGGGUCCUCGGUGGUGUCGUUUGUCUUUGGAGUCUUAAAAACAACCACAUAAAUCUGACCCAAACCAUGGGGAGAUAGAGAUUAAAAUCUAAGGUAGUAUGUGGAAAUGGCCUCUCCUAUUACUGGGUCUGCAGCUGUAGCUGAUGUUGUUAGAGAUCUAGACUCUCAGAUAGCACUGAUUGGUCCUGGUCCCCACAACCCCAAGCAGCUUCAGGAUCUCGAGAAACUCAAUGAUCUGAAGGCUAAAGCUCAGCAGAUUAUGAACCAGUACCAGCCACAGGCUUUGAUAAACCUCAACUUCUCAUCGACUGUGAAAGCAGAGCCUGCCAGCACCCCCCCUCUCUCCACCAGCAUGGCCAACAACACGGCAGCAGCAGCGGCGGCGGCGGUGGCGACUGCAGCAGUGGUGAAGAUUCCAGGGACCCCUGGCCCUGCAGGCAGGCUCAGCCCUGAGGGCUCACAGGUGCUGAGUAAGAAGAAACUGCAGGACCUGGUGAGAGAGAUCGACCCCAAUGAGCAGCUGGAUGAGGAUGUGGAGGAGAUGCUGUUGCAGAUUGCAGAUGACUUCAUUGAAAGUGUGGUGACAGCAGCAUGCCAGCUCGCUCGCCACCGCAAAUCCAGCACCCUGGAGGUGAAAGACGUACAGCUGCACCUGGAGCGCCAGUGGAACAUGUGGAUCCCAGGCUUUGGAUCUGAUGAAAUCAGACCCUACAAGAAGGCUUGCACUACAGAGGCUCACAAACAGAGAAUGGCACUGAUCCGUAAAACAACCAAAAAGUAAUGGACUUGAAGCAGCUGGACGAGAUCUUUAAACUUUUUUUUUUUUUUUUUUUAAGGGGGUGUGUCGGGGCAGCGUGGGACUGAGUUUAGGGUAUUAACCUCUGUCACAAAGGGUCUUUUUAAACUUUAGGCUUCAUGGAAUUUGUUCACUGAUCUGUCUUUCACAAAAGCCUUCACGUGUGUACUAAAAUACAACAUUAGCUGCUGACAGCUCCUGUUAAGCCAGUCUCUUACUCUUACUCCUUUGACCCCCUUUCUUUAAUUAAAGCGCACCAUUAAUAUUGUCAUUACUUAAGCUGUAACAACUUGGGUGUACUUUAGAUUAAUCAGUGUUGUUCUUUUUCUAAAACAUGGGUUUACUUAUACUUGCACAUUUGAAUAAAUGGAUUUGAUUAGUAGGGUCUGAUGUGUGGAAAGAAUUUAGCUUAUUUUAUCAUCUGAUGGAAUGUGCUGGAAAUAACAAGCAAAGGGUCUGGCACAUGGUGGGAGUGUUGCUUGGUUGUAGGAAUGUCAGGGCAUCAGUAGGGGGUGCCAAGGCUUACAUGCAAUCCUUGCUAACAAUGCAAGCAUUUGUUGGCUUGCCUUGUAUGCUUAUAACAGGCAUUUUUACAUUGUUUCCCAAUUGUUGUUUUUUCUAUUCAUAGGUUCCCAUGCACCCCCUACCCCUCUACCCUUAAGCAAAAGCCAGGACAUCUAGCUUAUGUAAUGUGUGUUUACUGCUUGUAAAGAUUAGUCUACAACAAGCUGUCUAAUUCAUUUGGACAUGGAAGCGAUACUGCCUUGGUGGCAAAAGUCUGUGGAGUCCUGCUUUUCAAGCAUCUAUUUGUAGUACCAGAAAAACAUGGCAAAGUUACCCCUGAAUUGGCAGGUCACGAAGGGGACUGAACAUUUGACAGCAUAAGGGAAGUAGCUGCUUAUUCAAGGGGCCUUUGUCAUUAACUUGUAUUGAAAAAAUCUUGCAGUAAGAAGAGUUAUGAACAGACAAAUGCAUAUACAUCAAAGCCAUUCAAAUUAAUAUACAGUAACUUAUUUUGAUUGUGUGUGUGUGUGUGUGUGUGUGUGGCUACAUUGCAUGCAUUUUGCUAAUGGUUUUCUUUAGAUGAAGGCUCAUUCAUUGCUCCUAAAGAUCUGUGCAUCAGAGGGGUGCUUUUGAAAUGCUCGGUAAGGCUGUAGCUUGCACGUCUCGAAGCUGAAACUUGUGCCUCGAUAAUAAACCCAGUGAAUGAAUUCCAUGCACCCUGAAGAGUUGGAAGUAGACUGCUUGUUUGACAGCGUCACAAGGACAGUCAGUCCUAUGCACUGUGUGUUCUUCAGAGGAGCUUCACCAGUAUAACAACGAUGAAUGAUUCCACUAAAAUAAUAAUAAAAACAGAUAAAGAUUAAAAAAAUAAUACAACAAAUAUUAGUGGGAUUUUAAAGAAUCUGUUAUUUUGCAGGUCUGGUGGUGAACUGGGCUUUAGAGGGAGGGAGGGAGGGAGGGAGGGAGGUGGGCGGGAGUCUAUUAGCGGGAAGGACCGUAACCUUUUUCACUUUGUACGGCAGUGUUUAUAGUGGCAGUGUUUGUUUUUCCAUGAAUAAAAUAAGAUUCACCUUUCA